AUGGAUCCUCUCCCCAUCAUCGCACGCACUUCUGGCACUUUCAAGAUGCAUACUCGCCAACCAUCCUUCUCGCGACAGUGGUCGAUCAACAGCUCCGCGAUCGAGGCAGCAGCCUUCAGCUGGAAGGGAGGCGCAAGCUGGACUGACACCGACAUGGCUGAUGCCACGCCAUACAAGUCAUCCUUGUCCAUGUCACCCCCUAUGGGAUCAGCAAUGGCACGCAGCCCCGAUUCCCGAAUGGAUAUUGAAGAGAACUUCUGCAAGAACUACCAUUGCUGUGGCCAGGAUUUGCAGGACCUUCAUGAACUCGUUGCUCACUACGAUGCCAGGCACGCUGGAAGCUCCUCGGACGAGUCGACCUCCUCGAUGUCAUCAUCUCCUCGAUCGUCGUUCUCCGCUCCGGGUACUCCGGGCCCUGAGACUGCCGCCACAUUUGUUGACCCCAUGCAGUUCGAGUCCAAGCUCAACGCUUACGUAUCUCAAUUUGCCGCCGCCAACGCCAGCCCGGCCGUUUCACCACAGCGAAUUGCUCCGAUGACUCAACCACUUUCGUCCGUAGCGCGCAGCUCAACAUGGCAGUCCUACUUCCCUGCGCAAGAUGAUGAUGAAGACAUCUUCAUGAGUGACGAAUCUGUAAUGUCCAUGCGCGAUCGGAAUCGGGCUCGUUCCUUGCCUGAUACGACCAAGUGCCUCUCCCCUUCGGUGCUCACCGCAACACCAUUGCCUAUUCCUUCUCUCUCGGCACGCCACUCCAUUCCCUCUUUAUCCACUAAUUACACGAUGGGUACGCCUCAACAACCAACCUUGUCUAUCCCCGUGCCUCCGAACAUUCCUCCUGCCCCCUUCGCUGCGAGGCACUCAGUGGUCUCUCUGCCUCCCUCCUCCGACGAGGAAGAGGAUGAUCCAGAGGCUUCUCGUUGGUCACAUAGGUCAAUCAAGGCCAAGCCGUCGGCGAAGCCAUUGAAGGAAAAGGCUUACAAGUGCCCAAACCCUGAAUGCCAAAAGUCUUACAAGAACCCUAAUGGUUUGAAGUAUCACAUUACCAAGGGGACUUGCUUGGUUGCAUAA